GCAGAUUCCACCAGCAUGGCGCUCUUCCAGCUUCAUCUUUGUGCUGCAUUUCUGGUGGGAAUUAUUCUCCCUUCUUCUGCUUUAGAGGAUACCUUCACUGCCGCUGUCUAUGAGCAUGCUGUGAUACUGACAGGAGACACUCCGAGAAACGUCUCUCGAGCAGAAGCCUUGGAGCUGAUGAACAGAAAUCUAGACAUCUUAGAAGGAGCCAUCAAAACAGCUGCCCAGCAGGGUGCCCACAUCAUUGUGACGCCUGAGGAUGCCCUUUAUGGCUGGGUCUUCACCCGAGAAACUCUAUAUCCUUAUCUGGAGUAUAUACCAGAUCCGCAAGUAGAUUGGAUUCCAUGCAAUGAGCCAAAAAGGUUUGGGUCGAAUCCAAUACAGGGAAGACUCAGCUGCAUAGCAAAGGAGAACUCCAUCUAUGUGGUUGCCAACAUGGGGGACAAGAAGCCAUGCAACCACAGUGACCCCCAAUGCCCGAGUGACGGUCGCUAUCAGUACAAUACAGACGUUGUUUACGAUACGGAAGGGAAAUUUGUGGCACGUUACCACAAGUACAACCUUUUCGCUCCUGAAGUCUACUUUAAUUACGCCAAGGACCCACAGUUUGUAACCAUCAACACCUCCUUUGGGAAGCUUGGCCUUAUGACUUGUGCCGACGUUCUUAAUUAUCGCGAACCUGCCAUCUCGCUGGUGGAAAAGUACAAGGUGGACACCAUCCUCUUCCCAACUGCUUGGCAGAAUGGUCUGCCGCUCUUGUCUGCUGUUGAGUUCUACUCAGCCUGGGCAAUGGGAAUGCGUGUCAACUUCCUUGCUGCUAAUAUAAACAAGCCCCGCUUGGACAUGACUGGGAGUGGUAUCUUUACACCUGAAGGCGCCAAGGUGUAUCACUUUGAUAUGAAAACGCAGACUGGAAAACUCCUGGUUGCGGAAAUCGAUGCUCGCCCCCGUCAUUCCCCCACAUACCCUCCUGCUGUCAACUGGAGCUUAUAUGCUUCAAAUAUCAAGCAUUUCCCUGCAAGCCCAGUGUUUACUGCAAGCUUCUAUUUUGAUAACUUCACCUUCACUGAAAUCUCUCGAGAAGCUGGAAAUCAUACCGUCUGCCAAAAGGGCCUCUGCUGCCACUUGAGCUACAAGAUGGCAGAGAAGCGAGAGGACGAGGUUUACGCAUUCGGCGCCUUUGAUGGGCUUCAUGUGAUCGAAGGGGAAUAUUAUCUGCAGAUAUGCACACUACUGAAAUGUAAGAGCACAGACUUGAAAUCAUGCGGGGAGCCAGUUGAUAAAGCUCAUACAAGAUUUGACUCCUUCACCCUCAGCGGCACCUUUAACACAAGCUACGUGUUUCCGGAAGUCUUGCUCACUGAGACUCAGCUGGCCACUGGAGAAUUUCAGGUAUUGACUGACGGACGUUUGACAAGCAAUGGCCUAUCAAAGCCAGUCCUAUCUGUGGCUCUUUUUGGAAGGUGGUAUGAAAGGGACCCACCACAUCCAGAGGGUGCUCCUUCAUAAGACUCAUCCAAUUAGGACCAUGUCUCUUUUCCUGAAUUUUGUGGGUGCUUGUACAACAAAGGCGGAAUGAACAGGAUCAGUGUGUUUUGCUGCAGGACAAACCAUGUAGCUUGUUUUAGGAGCAGUUAUCAGCCACAAAGAGAAGAUGAACAUACCAUCUAGCUACACAGCUAUUUCCCAUUGCUUUAAACAGGAGCAUGGGGCAUACAAUGAAGAAGGACUUUGGCUUUAAACUUUAUUAAUAUUUGUGUUCCUCCUCUUGGUUAUAGCCAAAAGAAAUCUGCUGCUAGGGCAAAUACAAACUAUAAUUCAGGGUGGGGAACCUGUGGCUGUCCAG